CUCGGGCGCGCAGAAAGCGGAGGAGGGGGCCUCAGCACACCACCGCCAGCCUCGCGAGUGGGGAGAGCCCCGUGAGUUGGCGGAGCGACCCGGGGCCCGGCCGUGAAGGCGGGGAGGAAAGCCGCGUUGCCUCUCCUUUCUGCCUCCGUUGCCCGCGGUGAGUUUGGCCCGCUGCCUCCGCCCGCUCCUCUCCUCUCCUCCCCCUCAAGAAAAACCGAACUCCUCCAAGACUUGAGAGUUCAACAGUUGAAAAAUAUGGGAGACGACAGGCCAUUUGUGUGCAAUGCCCCAGGCUGCGGACAGAGGUUUACAAAUGAGGACCACCUGGCGGUUCAUAAACUCAAGCAUGAGAUGACACUGAAAUUCGGUCCUGCCAGGACAGAUUCUGUCAUCAUAGCAGAUCAGACGCCAACACCAACCCGUUUCUUGAAGAAUUGCGAGGAAGUUGGGCUCUUCAAUGAACUGGCAAGCUCCUUUGAGCAUGAUUUCAAGAAAGCCACAGAAGAUGAUGAGAAAAAGUGUUCUGGACCUCUGGAUAUGUCUCUCCCCUCGACUCCAGAUGUCAAAAUAAAAGAAGAAGAGCCAGUUGAGGUGGACUCUUCCCCUCCAGAUAGUCCAGUAACAAGUCCACGAUCACCACAGGCCAAGGAGAAGGAGAGCGUCUCAAAGCCUGUGAUCAUUUCUACGCCAACUCCAACCAUUGUACGUCCUGGGUCACUGCCGCUGCACUUGGGAUAUGAUCCCAUCCACCCUACUCUACCUUCCCCAACCUCAGUCAUCACCCAGGCGCCACCUUCCAACAGACAACUUGGGUCUCCAACCAGCUCUGUACCACUUGUCAUGCACCUUGUGAAUGGGCAGACCAUGCCUGUCCUCCCUGGCCCUCCCGUUCAGAUGCCUUCUGUCAUAUCGCUAGCAAGGCCUAUGUCUGUGGUGCCAAACAUUCCUGGUAUUCCAGGUCCUCCAAUUAUCAGCAGUGGCUCCAUUUCACCAUCAGGCCUUUCAAUGCACUCAGAAGCCAAAAUGAGACUAAAAGCCAGCCUGACUUCCUCACUAAAUGGAAACAGCAUGGUAGUGGGUUCUGCCAGCACCAUGGUGACAUCUCAUCCAGAACAGGGUCAAAUACUCAUCCAGCACCCAGAUGCACCUUCCCCUGCACAGCCACAGGUUUCCCCAGCUCAGCCCACUCCUAGUACAGGAGGCAGACGGAGACGCACAUUGGAUGAGGAUCCUGAUGAACGAAGGCAGCGUUUCUUGGAGCGCAACCGUGCGGCAGCCUCCCGCUGCCGUCAGAAACGCAAGCUAUGGGUCUCAUCCCUGGAGAAGAAGGCAGAGGAGCUCACAACCCAGAACAUCCAACUAAGUAAUGAAGUCACACUACUAAGAAAUGAAGUUGCUCAACUCAAACAACUGUUGUUGGCUCACAAGGACUGCCCAGUGACUGCAUUACAGAAAAAAACACAAGGUUAUCUUGAAAGCCCAAAGGAAAGCUCUGAGCCCACGGGUUCCCCAGCUCCUGUCAUCCAGCAUAGUUCUGUGACAGCCUCUCCCAAUGGCCUGAACGUCCGCUCUGCUGCCGAAGCCGUCGCCACUUCAGUCCUCACUCAAAUGGCAAACCAAAGGACAGAACUGAGCAUGCCUGUACAGUCGCACGUCAUUAUGGCUCCGCAAUCGCAGUCUGCAGGCAGAUGAUGCCACAAGCCAUCUGACAUAGAACUAACCAAUCAGAACUUGCAGCCGGAAAGACUGAUCGCAACUAAGCCCCUUGAGCAGUCUGGGGUGGAUACAUUUUUUUUCUUUUUUUCUCUCUUUUAAACGUGAGUAAAGGGCAGCUAUGGAGCUUUCAACAAAGUAUGUCCCAUAACGAUCUUGGCCCAAAGCAGCUGUCGUAUUGCCGUCCGGUUUCAAAAGGAUGGCUUCAGAAGGAGCAGCCUUCCCAUCCCUUAGGGGUGAUCGCUCAUCGUAUAGAACCUCAUAGUAUUGCUCAAUGUGGUCUUAAAUGGUUACUGUUCAGGUAUAGGUUACGCUAACACUAAGUCUUUUGCAGUAUGGUGAUUUAUGGUGCUUUCUGGAGUCGGCCACUUUAGCGAACAAAGUAACUCAUUGGAGAAGCUGUAAUAUUUUGCUGGUGCUGUCCGUUGAACAAACAAAAGGCACUCACACUGCUUUCAGGCAUCUCCGGUGUUUCCCUUGCCGCUGUGAUUGUCUUUCAGUUCUGCACUUUCACACAGAACUCCAGCUCAAGGCUCUGAAGGUGGUAAGCUUUGUACAUUUGUAGGGUUUUACUGCCUACACCCCUAGUUCCCCCAAAUUGUUUUGUGGGUCAUGUAGGGAACAUCACUCUUAGCUGCUUUGACUGAUGUGUGUUUGUAGUUGGAAUAGUGGAAAUGAUAGCUUUGUCUGCCUGGAUCUCAGUUGGCAUUGUCUGUGACUGUGGCCAUUACCAGAGAUGAGGUAAUAGGUAAAGGUAAACGUUUCCCUUGACAUUAAGUCUAACCGAGUCCGACUCUGGGGGUGGUGCUUAUCUCCAUUUAUAAGCCGAAGAGCUGGCUUUCUCCUUAGACACCUCCAAAGUCAUGUGGCCAGCAUGACUGCAUGGAGCGCCGUUACCUUCCCGCCAAGGCGAUACCUAUUGAUCUACUCACAUUUGCAUGUUUUGAAGUGCUAGGUUGGCAGAAGCUGGACCUAACAGUGGUAGCUCACUCUCCUCCCUGAAUUCAAACCGCUAACCUUUCAGUCAGCAAGUUCAGCAGCUCAGCGAUUUAACCUGCUGCGCCACCAGGGCCCCCGAGGUAGUAUUCUCAGUGAUUUUAUCUGUCAAAACUUGUAGCCUUUUUGGCUGUGGAAUCAGUAAUCAAGACACAAAGUGGCAUUUUAAAUAUUAGCAAGGUGGGGUCGGCCUAUCCAUUUCAAAUGGUCAGAAUGCAGAAUUUGUGAGCUGAAAGCAUUUUCUUGCCCCUUUCCCCUCUCCUUUUCUCACAGAAUGAGUUGUGUUGAUAUCUACAGAAUAUACGGCAUCCUACCUGAUUUGGGGGGAUUGGGUCAGCCUGAGCUUAUAGGGUUAGCCUUCGCUAGGCACCAAGCUGCAGUGUAUGGCUUCAUACAGAACUGAGUUUGGACAAUGUAGGAGUCAACCUGCAGCAACCCACCCCCAAAGAAGUCUCCAUAACUCUGUAAAUCAUAGAUUUGAAAGGCCAUGGAGUCCCUUUUAAACCUUGUACAUUUCAGAGGAUCACCUGUUACAUUUCAGGCCAGUGAACUCAUGAAGACUGUGGCCUUAAAUCAUUGGCUUGUCUGUCUUAAAGACAAGAGGAUUAGAUAAAUAUGCCCACCUGUUUCCCUCUUCCCCUUUUCCUUUCAAAACUUUUCCUCCCAUCCUUUUUGGGAGUAACGUCCUCUCCAUAUCAUUCACUCCUUUUGGGGAAAAAAGUGGUAUCCCCUUAAGUCCUAGUCUGACAAGGAGGAUGCCAGCAGAACAAAACACCUUGAGUUGUUGUAGGUUUUUUUGGGCUAUAUGACCAUGUUCUAGAGGCAUUCUCUCCUGACGUUUUGCCUGCGUCUAUGGCAAGCAUCCUCAGAGGUAGUGAGGUGAGAUUUCACCUUGAGAUUUCAAAAGCUCUUCAACUGUUUCUUCUCCUUACCUCUCCUUAUUGUUGAAAUGCAGACAGGUUUGCAUUUUCUUUGGGUUGUUCUUGAUCGUAUGAUAACUGGCUCAUUUGACUCUUGAGUGGGGAGAGAUGAUGCCAUUUUGUGAUUAGGAUACAGCAGCCAGCUUACAAGCCCACAAAAUGCCCAUUCUUCCUCUUGUUUUGUCUUCCUGAUUAUGCCCAUUUGAAACCUUUUUAGUCCUCUGUAGCCUGUGCUGCCAAACUAUCUGAGAGUCAUCAUUAUUUACUUUUAUCAGCUGCUUUUCACAAAUUUUCACCCAUUGGAAUACAUAGUAAUCUAACUACGUUCCCAGUAUCUACUGCAAGAUGUAGGGGUGUCAAAAUUUACCGAGAUUUUCUUUCAUAGUGUUGUUGUCCUUGUCCCUAUUCCUUCAGUAGCAUUGUUUCUUGACCAGUUUCCUUGCUUCUAUUCUAUUAUUUCAUGAUUUUUUUCAACCUCCUUUUGGGUUCCCUUUCCUUCCCUUUUUGUUUAAAAGCAGCAAGGAACUCAAUUCUGAAUGUCCACAGACUUCCUUUGAGCAGGCAUUUCAGACAUCCUGUCGUAUGUCUCCCCCCCCCCCCCCCCCCCCCCCCCCUUCCAUCUCCCUUCCCCAUUCUUUCUUGAUACACUAAAAAUGCACAUUGGCAAGGGCUUUGAAAUAUAACUUCUCCCAGCAGGGUAUCUGUUUCCUUAGUGACAGCACUGAUAACAACACUCAGCAGGUGCAGCCAGGAAACAUAGAGGAUAAUAGAACAGGAAAGGUGCUGCCGGGAUAGC